CUGGAUGACGCUUCUUUCUGCGCAUGCUCAGUGCAAUCUGGUGACACUGGGAGACGGGGAAGGCGGCGGUCAUGGCGGACGUUGAAGAAACAUUAAAGAGAAUCCAGGGCCAGAAAGGCGUACAAGGAAUUAUCAUUGUUAACACAGAAGGAAUUCCCAUCAAGAGUACUAUGGAUAACGCCACUACGGCGCAGUAUGCAGGUCUAAUGCAUCAGCUAGUGAUGAAAGCCAGGUGCACGCUGCGGGAUAUUGACCCCCAGAAUGAUCUGACAUUCCUCCGGGUGCGAUCAAAGAAAAAUGAGAUCAUGAUAGCUCCAGAUAAAGACUACAUGUUAGUGGUCAUCCAGCAGCCAUCAGAGUAAUCCCUCCGUUGACAGCAGCAAUCCUCAUUUUUUUGUUAUUGAGCACACCUCCAUGUUUUUUUUGGUUUGUGGACCUGCCUAAAACAGCAUCUAAAAGGUGAACACAAAGGCCUGACAGAUCAA